AUGGAGAAAAGAAACGAUAGUAAACUUUUGAGUAAUAUAAAGACUAUUCAACCAUUUAUAGUGGGUGGAUUAGCAGGAUGCUGUGCUACUACUUGUAUUCAACCAAUUGAUAUGGUUAAGGUUAGAAUUCAGUUAGCAGGUGAACAUAAUGGGAGUAAAAACCCAUUUAUAAUAACAAAGGACAUAAUACGAAAUAAUGGUAUUAGGGGUCUUUAUAAAGGAUUAGAUGCAGGUUUAGUUCGUCAAAUUACAUAUACUACUGCAAGAUUGGGUUUAUUUCGUGUCGUUAGUGAUUCAAUGAAGAAAAAUAAUGAACCAUUACCUGUUCAUACAAAAGCAAUGAUAGGUCUUUCUGCAGGAGGUAUUGCAGCAAUUAUUGGAAAUCCUGCAGACUUAUCAUUAAUUCGCCUUCAAACUGAUUCAACUCUCCCCCCUCAACAAAGGCGUCAUUAUAAAGGAGUUUUUAAUGCUAUGUCAAGAAUAAUAAAAGAUGAAGGUGUACUAUCAUUAUGGAGAGGAAGUACCCCAACAGUAAUACGUGCAAUGGCACUCAAUAUGGGCAUGUUAGCUUCAUUUGAUCAAACAAAAGAGAUAUUACAACCUAAAUUCGGAGAUACUCAGACUACUAGUUUAAUUGCAUCUGCAAUUUCUGGAAUAUUUGCAGUAACAUUCUCACUACCAUUUGAUUUGAUAAAGACUAGGCUUCAAAAGAUGGCUAAAUUACCUAAUGGUCAAAUGCCAUAUUUAGGAUUUAUAGACUGUGCGACAAAAAUAUAUAGAAAUGAAGGUUUAUUGGGAUUUUUUGCAGGUUAUCCAACAUAUUAUUUUAGGAUAGCCCCUCAUACAAUGAUUACUUUAUUAUGUGUUGAUUGGACAAAUUCUAAAAUUUCCAACUUUUACAAAAAUCACUUAAAAUAG